AUGGAUAAGUUUGAUCAAAAACUACUGUCCUUGCUAGAUUGGAUUAAAAACACUCAAGAUGAAAAGAAACCAUCUACACAUUCGUAUAUUUCACCAAAGAUAGAUGUUAAGGAUGCCAGAUCAUCGGGUAGAGGUAUUUAUGCAACCAAUUCAUUGAAAAAGGGAGAACUCAUCAUGAAUAUCCCCCAUUCAUUCCUAUUGAAUUUCACCACAGUAAUGGCCCAUAUUUCCAGGUAUAAUGGUAUGCAAGAUGAACUGCAUAUAUAUGUUCCAUUUGAUAACCUGGACGGAGAUCAAUUUACUAAUAUAUAUAGCAAAUUGACUCGUGAAGAGAUUCUCGAAUUGUCAUCUUUUCAAUUACUAUCCAUUUAUUUGACAUUUGAAAAGCAAAGAGGCACCAAUUCAUUUUGGAAACCGUUUUUAGAUAUGUUACCUUCAAUGGAAGAUUUUGCAUUAAUGCCGAUCCAUUGGUCAGAUGAGACAUGCAAACUAGCCCCAGAUUCCACACAAAAGAGUAGCUUGAAAGUACGAGAUAGAUUUGAAAAUGAUUAUAAAUUGAUCUGUGAUUUAAUUCAGACGAAAACUGACCUUGAUGUCACAACACUUCUUCCGAGACAAGACGUUUUAUUAUCUUGGUUAUGUAUCAACUCACGUUGUCUUUAUAUGAAUUUACCAACGAGUAAAAAUACUGCUGAUAAUUUCACUAUGGCUCCAUAUGUUGAUUUCAUGAAUCAUUCCUGUGAUGAUCAUUGUACUUUAAAGAUAGAUGGCAAAGGUUUUCAAGUGCUGUCCACUUGUAGUUACAACAUAGAUGACCAAGUAUACUUGAGUUAUGGUCCUCAUAGUAAUGAUUUCUUAUUGUGUGAAUAUGGCUUUAUCAUACCUGGUAAUAAAUGGAAUGAUCUUGACAUUAGUAAAUAUAUCAUUCCAUUGCUCAAACCCGAACAAGUUGAAUUCUUGCAAGAGAACGACUAUUUUGAUAAUUACACAAUGACCAAGGAUGAUAUAUCUUUUAGAACUCAAGUUGCAUUGGCUACACUUCAAGAGAAAGAUCCUAAAAAUUCUAGAAAAUUGUCCGCUUUGAUCAAUGGAAUCAAUGAUGGGGAGGUUUUUAGAUCACAUUCUAAUGUAUUAUUGACGGCAAUCUUGAACAAAGUGGUUCUCGACGCUGAAGCACACCAAUAUUUGGAGUACGAUGCAGAUCCUGUUAAAAAGACGAUUGGUGCAUUAUAUCACGAUAGAUUAGUUAUUGCUAAAAGUGUAUUAAGUUUUAUAAAAGAAGAUUAA